CUUUCCUCCCUCUUCUUCCUCCACUCCCUCCUUCCCUCUCUCUCUUUCUCUCUCUCUCUUUCCCUCUCUCUCUUUCUACAGUAUGGGGAGGAGGAGGUCUGCUCGGACCGCCUGGACACUGACUUCCCUGACAUUGACCUCUCUCAGCUGGACGCCAGCGACUUUGACUCAGUCAACUGCCUCAGCGAGCUCCACUGGUGCAACGACCAAUCAGACAUCUCUGCUGCCUCCAUCCAGUACAGCACAGGAGACCCUGAGUUCUUUGAGAUAGAAGAUGAGAAUGCAGCGCUGCUGGCUGCUCUCACAGACAGCCUGGACGGCAUGGUGGAGGACGAGGUGGGGGGGCUGUCUGUGUUUCCCUCGCUGGGGGAGGGGUCUGAGGAGGACCUUCCCUUCCCUUCAGGCUGCCUGAGUGACGGCUCCCUGAGUGACGGCUCCCUGAGCUCAGAGACAGAAGCCCCGUCUCUAGUAAGAACCCUUCCUCACUGUUUAAGGUGYAUUUGGAUGGGCCUCUGCUCUGACUACCCCACAGCAUGGGUAUGAUAGGCAACAAAGGUCUGAAUUUUUCUCAUUUUGGGCUUUUCCAUUCUUUUUAGCAACCACUACUUCUAAUGAGAAUGC